ACAUUAAAAUGUUUCCUGUCUUUCAUAUGUAAUUAUUUUUGUCAGUUUCUUUUUACCUUGAUUUAGCUCUGGAUGCCUGUUAUCGUGAGGCAAAAUGCUUCUUGCUGUUCUCUUUGCUUUAAAAAUUUUACUUCAGUACGGCAGCUGCAUUGAGUUCGUAUUUCCAUGUGGUCAACCAAAAAUAUACGUUGGAUAUUUAUGGGUUAACGCAACAGUAGUGCAUGUUAUUCCAAGGAUUCAAGCAGCUCCUGAUAAGCCCAAUGACAAUUUUGGAAAAGUUUGUCGCUUCAAAAUAUACGGUCCUGAAAGCUCUAUGUUUUAUGCUGAGUUGUUGGAUCAAAAAUAUGGAUUUGCUGAAUUACGUGUUGAUCCAAAAGUGACAUCAAACAUCACGAAGGCUUCGUCAUUUAUCUUGGAAAUAGAAGCCAUUGAUUGCAAUGAACAAUCUCAUACAACCUCACGAGUUCCUAUUCGAAUACAAGUUAUCGAUCGUCAUGGCCCAGUUUUUGAUAAACCUCAUUAUAAUUUUAAACUUGGUCAAAGAAGUCCAAUCGGUAGUAUUGUAGGUCAAAUUCAAGCUAUUGAAGAAUUGAAUCAAGCAUACGAUUAUUCAAAUACAGCCAUUUGUAGUUAUCGUCUUGAACCUGCUGAUAGUCCGUUUUCUAUUAAUAAUUAUGGCGUUAUACGUGUACGUGAAGCACUUUUAUCUCUUGCACAAAGACCUUAUUCACUUAGAAUUAUUGCUGAGGAUUGCAGUCGGCCAAUACCAAAUAGAGCAUCAGUUGGUUUAACAAUUGAACAAAUUCUUGUUGACUGUAAACCAGGCUGGAAAAAUUUACCAAGUGACAUUGAAUAUCUUGGCUCUGAAGAAAAACCUGAACGUUUAUUCAUGCAUUCAAGUUUACACUUGGAAACAUGUACUGGUCCAUGUGCUAAUCCAUUUAUAGAAGCUCGAUUGGAACUUGGAUCAGCUGUAAUUGGUCAGAAUCUAGUUACAGCUAAUCCACAAUCAUGCCGACAUGAUCCAGCAAGUAUACGAAGGCAACAGAAAUUUUGUGAUUUGAAUCCAACAACAAUUACAAAUCUUCUACCGGAUCCUGAGUAUGAUUUAGUGAAUCAAUUAAUUGGACCAGUAUUGAAUAGUCCACCACGUUUAAUCCCGUCAGUGCUUGCUUGGCGAUUUGAUCCAACUUUAUCAACUGUAUGGGAGAUUGAUGCAGAUCGAUUAUAUAAUUAUACAAAAUUACCAAUCCAUUGGGAUUCUGAUUUUACAGUGACAUUUUGGCUUAGACGACAUCAUAUACAAAACAAUUUAAGAACAAUAAAUAAUGAUGAGAAUGAAGAAUCCAUUCUUUGUAGUCAUGAUAAUAUUGAAUCUGAAUGGAGAUAUUUAUCAAUAAAUUUACGUGGAUGUCGAUUUAUAGUAAGGAUUAUGUCAUCGACAAGUAACGAACCGAGAAAAUCUACACUUUUUGUAUUUGAUCCAUUACCCGAUGUGAUUUGUUCUCAAACAACCGGUCAUGAUGAUGGAAUAUGGCAUCAUUAUGCAAUUACAUUUAGUUCAUUAUCAUCACCGUCAACAUCUUCAAUAAACAAUGAUCCAAUUACCAUUUUAAUAGAUGGACAAGAUUUAGAUAUUAAAGUUAUGCCGACUGUUUAUGAAUCAUUACAAACCUCUUCAAAUCCUUUCAGCUAUCCCGGAAAACCAAGACUUACAAUUGGCGCAUGUUAUGAUCCUCAGACACAUUCCACAAGACAACAUUUACAUGGAGAUUUGACUGGUCUCACGUUAUUACGUGACAAGUUUGAAUCACCAAAUACAUUAAGAUGUAUUAGUCAAUGUGGUGAAGCUUUACUCAUUCCAAAUGUGAUGGAGGUAUUAUGUCCAGAUAUUGAUAUACAUUUAGAAAAUGAUGUAAUUACUGUAAGUGGACAAAAUAUCAUGCAUGUGACUGAUGUGUUAACUUCAAUUUCUUAUGCAAGACCUCAACCAGGAAUUAGUGUGAAUUAUGUACCAAAUGUGGCACAAUCUCGUCUAUUAAGAUUAUUAACAUCAUAUAGAUGUUCAGGAGACCAGUCAUUUACUAUACCAACUGCGGAGAUAAGGUUGAAUGUUCUACCUAUGACGGUUACAGACCUCUUGAGGACAUCUCAUCAUGAUUUAUCUGAUCAGAUCUCUCAAUCGAAUAAGGAUGCUUCUUUAUGGGUCCCUGCUAAUAUGCAUGUUCUCGAUCGUCCAGGCAUAUCUCAAGCCAUAGUGGAAUCAAGAAAUAAUUAUGAUAAAAACUCAAAACCACUUCAGCCUCCAUCGUUAAUUAUUCUUGGGUCAGACAUUGUAACCACUGAGCCACCUAUUAAUCCACCUGGAAUCCCUCUAUUUUCAGAUCUUCGUUUUGGGCUUCCAACAGAACAAGUUUCCGAUUCAUUGAGUUCUUCACAAGUUGCUGCAGGUGUACCAUUGGAUGAUUGUUUUGUAUGGCUUAUCUCAACUGGUAAUCCAAUCAGUUUAAAUAUAAGACCAAAAUUAUAUGAAGAAUAUGGUGCACGUAUUGACUGGCCGGUAGAUGAAACUCAAUCAAGUCAAUUAAUUGGUAUGGCCGAUCGUACUGGAAUACAAUUAAGAGGACGUAAACCGGCUUUAAUCUAUGCUAAUCUAUUACAAAAAUUUCGAUUUUGGCCACCAAAAAAUAUUCGUUCAAUGCAACUCGUUGAUACAAAGACAGAAAUAAUUUAUAUGGCUAAUAUUGGUCUUGUGUGUAGUCUAGAUAGUGGAAAGCAAACAACACCGGAAUUUGUUGUAAAAAUUGUUAUUCAAGGUAAAGGUGCAGAGACAGUCUCACUUGUCAAUGAAGUCGGUGCAUUUAUUUCAAAUCAAUCUUUAUUAUCUCAUCCUAAUCCAGAUACGGUUCACUAUGUUUUAUCUGAUCAAGAACGUAUUGAAUCAGGUGAUAAAUCAUUAAAUCGUCUACGUCUUAUUAAUCCAACUGAUUAUGAAUAUGAGACAACAGAUAAAAAGUCUCAAUACAAUUAUACUGGUUUAAUUAUUGGUUUAUCAGUUUCUGCUAUAAUAUUAUGGACAUUAAUUGGUGCAGCUAUUUGGUAUAUACGAAACAAUAAACCAAGACAUCAUAAAAAGCCAACACGUCGUAGAAGAUUUGCAUCACAACCUGCAGAUUUUGGUGGUUCCAAUUUAAAAACAGAUCCAAGUCUUAGACUUACAACUAAUCCAGUAAAUGACUUACAGUUAAUGAAUAUGAAAACUAAUUCAAUGCAUGGCAUAGAUUAUUCUUCAACACAUUCAACACCUACACGUAAUCAUUGUAUUUAUUCACCACCAAUGUCAAAACAACGAACUAAUCCAUUUAAUCAGAUACCAUGUGAUGAAUUAUCUGGUUCCAUGUGUUCACUUCCUAAUCAAACACCAAGAUUAGCUGAUCUUGAAGAGUUUGAAGAUGAAAGCUACGAAUAUGACGAUGAAUUAGGUAAUGUAGAUCAAUUUCACAAUCCGAAAUAUUGGAUUACUGGACAAAUGGUAAAAAAUAAUUUUUCAAAAAAUUCAAUUAUCAAACCACAUGAUGAUUUAGAAAAAAUGAAAAAUUUCAAAUCUUUCCAUUCAAAUAGUUCUCCAAUAAAAUUAGAUCGUUAUGAAUGGAUUGACAAUGAGACAGAUACAAAUUGGCAUGAAAAAAUUCAUAGAAAUGGUAAUUAUGAAUUGAAAUCGAAAGAAUUAUUUACUCAAACAACUCAUUUAAAUCCGGAUAAUAAUGGUAAUCAUGUUAAUCAUACUGUUCAUGUGUAGAGCACACAAUCUUUCAAACAAAACCAAUAAAUAACAUAUUAGUCAAUUUAAAUAUGUAUUGUCAGUUUUCAAUGUUAUAUCUGUUUUUGUCGAUUUUCAUAAGCCUGCAUGUAUACAAUUCCCUUCAUCAAUACAGAAAAUAAAAAUAUAUGUUCGUUUAUACCAACAAACACGUGGAUAAAUGAUAGAAAACAUUUCAUUAUGCACGCACUCAAGCACACAAAAAUGCAUAUAUACAUAGAUAUUGUACUUUUUUAGUGUUUUCCUAUCCAAAAUAUAAAUCUACUCCAUGCAACGUCAUGCAACCUCGUCCAUCAAUACGUAUGCAUGUGUUGAAAAUAAUUAUUGUUCCAUUAUUUUCUCUGUUAGACAUAUUUUACAUAUAUAUACAUAUAUACUUAUAACUAAGAAAUUAUAUCUUGCUCAUUUCUUUAAUUAUAUUUCAUUUCGUAUCUUAUUCACCUAGUCAUAUCUAAUGCUUUAGACAUCAUAAAUAUUUAGUUGCUUUUAUUUUCUUCUUUGUUAAAUGCAAUUUCAUUUGAUGCAAAUAUUCCACCUAAAUCAAUUGUUCACCUUGACCAGUAUUAAACCUUAAUUUAAUAACAUUAGUGAAAAACUAAUUAAACUGAUAUACAACACAAUUGUGUAUUGUAUUUUAUUUCUUUGACAAUUUCAUUUUCAACUAUUUCUGGUUGAAAAAGGAAAAACGAAAAACAAUUUAUUACUGUGAUCGCUUACAUUUGAUGAAUAAAACAUCAUACUUAGUUUAUGUUGAUGAUAUAAAAUUUAAAAAAAAUGUAUUAUUUAUCAAUUUUAUUUACAAAUAUAUAUACAUACAUUGAUUGUUGUCUACUUACUGCAUUACAUGAGUUGGUCGUUGUUGUUUUUUUUCUUACUACAUGCACAUGAAGACAGAGGAGUUCUGUUGUAUGUUGCCUGCGAAGAUUAUUUUAGAAAAUGCAAAUUCACCAAGUCAUCAACAAUAUGUUAAAAAAUAAUAUCAAAUCUCCUACUAAAUAUUUUCACUAAUAUCCCAUUUAAAACGAAUUCAUUAGAGUUUAUUCAACAAGGUUCUUUUUUUUAACAUAAUGGAAUUGUAUUAACCCCAUGCCGAACACUCCGUUAAUGGCUUAGAGACACUGGAAGGAUUCUAUGUUAAGUUAAAAAGUUUACAGACCAUAUAAAGUGUGAUCCGAGAAUUUCGCUAGAUAAAAAAGAACCAUUACCAGCCUAUUUUAAUGCCUCAUUUGAGCAUUACUCCUUAGAGGAUUUUGUACAAUAAAUAUUGGUGCUAGUGUAAUCAAAAGUUUAAUCCCAUAUAUUUUCUUAAAAUCCCAUUUUUUCUUAGAAUUAUAUCAUCAGAAAUAUUGUAUAUCAGAAAUGAAAUCUUGUACACAUUGUAAUUCAUUCACUAUCAAUAUAAAAUCUACCAAAACCAAUCACAUCCGGUUGUCAUUAUGCCUAUAAUAUCUUAAUUGAAUUAACAUUUAUCAAGUUCCACUACUUAUAAAUCGUAUGCUGUUUCUCUACAGCGGCGAUUUGUUCACCUAAAUCAUUUAUCUUUAUUCUAUGAAAAAAAAUGAAAAGGUUUUAACUGAUUUAUACAAGUGAUUGAAAGAAAAACUAAUUCUUUUUUAUCAAUAAUGAAUUAUUUUACCUAAACUAUUCACUUUAUUAAUUUUGUCGAGAAAAAGAAUAAAAUUUUGAUCAGAACGAUAUACAUUUAUUUUAUUAAGUUCUCAUCAAGUGCUUAUAACUUAUAAUAAUGAAAAGAUCACAAUUACUUGUGUGCCUACCAGCAAUACGUCGAGCCUACAUAGCUUGUUCUAGCUUUUGGAUAAACUAAUUAACCUUUUCUGCCCGAUUUGCCAUUCACACGUCUUCCGACCUUGUCGCUUAUAACCUUGUUUCUCUUUAUUUAAAUAUGUCUGUGCAUUGCUAACUUCGCUUGUCAUAUAUCUAGCCUAUUUUUGUCUGACUACAAAUACUUAGUGUUGUUUCAUCAAGUGAGUUGGCUCACUCGCGUUCUACGGGUUGCUUCGCUUGGCUUUCACGUUUUGCAUUCUACAAUUUGUUUGCUAACACGAAUGUAUUGGAAUAAAUCCAUUUACAUGAAACCGUAUUGGGCUUCUAAUUACCACCAUCCUAUAAACGGG